GCCCACUGCGCAGUCGCACUCGCAGCUCGCUCGACUAGCCGAGUCGCCUGCGCCUGCACCCGCGCUCACCGCCGCAUGGCCUCUGCAGACAUGGCGGCCGCCCUCCUGCCUCGAGCUCCUCUCGCACAUUCCCUCUCGCUCGGCAUCGUCGGCGCAGGUAUCGGUGGCCUCGCGAGCGCUGUCGGUCUCGUGUCGCGCGGUUUCCGCCAUGUGACGGUCUACGAGGCGGCACCCGAGAUCGGCGAGGUCGGGGCGGGCAUCCAGGUCGCGCCAAACUUCUGCCGGGUGCUGUCGCACUUUGGCGUCCUCGACCGCCUGACGCCGCAGGCCGUGCGACUUGGCGGCGCGAGCGUCCGGCGGUACGUCAACAACGAGGAGCUCAACUCGACCUCGUUCGCCAACCUCGAGCCCGACUACGGCUGGCCAGCGUUCGUCGUUCAUCGCGGCGACUUGCACAAGGCGCUCCUCGAUCGUGCUUUGGAGCUUGGUGCGCAGCUCAAGGUCGGGUCGCACAUCGAGGACGUCAACUUCGAGAACGGCAAGGUCAAGGUCAAGGGGCACCCCGAGGUCCAGCACGACGUCAUCAUCGCCGCCGACGGCAUCAAGUCGGCCAUCCGGAGCAAGAUGAUGGCCCGGCGAGGCGAGGUGGACGAGACGAUCCCGACGGGCGAGGCGGCAUAUCGCGUCAUUCUGCAGCGGGCGCAGAUGGAGAGCGACCCGGACCUCAAGCAGCUCAUCGACAACCCGACGGCCAUUCGCUGGGUCGGUCCCGACGCGCACAUCGUCGCGUACCCGAUCAAGGCGCACGAGGCGUUCAACAUCGUCUCGACGCACAUCAGCAACACGGUCGGGCUCACCGAGGACUGGACGGCGCGAGCGUCGAAGGAGGUCAUGCUCAAGCGGUUCGACGGGUGGAACGAGUCGCUCAUGAAGUGCCUGCGCCUUGCGCCAGAAGGCGAGCUCGUCGAGUGGGCGCUGCGCAUCCAUCUGCCCUUGACGGGCUGGAUCGACCACAAGGUCGUCCUCCUCGGCGACGCGGCGCACGCGACGCUCCCGCACAUCGCGCAAGGCGCCGCGCAGGCCGGCGAGGACGGCGCCGUGCUCGGUACGCUCUUGGCCAAGUGCCACAGCAAGGAGGACGUGCCGCACGCGCUCAAGAUGUACGAGCGCCUGCGCAAGCCUCGGGCCGACUGGGCGGUCGAGAUGGCGCGCAUCACGGGCGAGGCGCUGCACAUCCCCGACGGUGCGGCGCAGAAGGCGCGCGACGAGGCGCUCAAGAAGGCGUCGACGGGCAGCCAGUCGCCUGACCGGUGGGGCGACAAGGCCACGCAGAGCAAGCUGUACGGCCUCGACGUCGUCAAGCAGGCCGACAUGGAGUUCUCGAAGCUGUAGAGGCGGGAGGAGGAGGGAGCGCGGGAUCAUGUUUGUAGAGCCGGUUCAACAUCGCAAUAGACUCGCUGUAUCGCAUC